AUGAAGAUUUCCGAAGGUUAUGAAGCUGGCGCUACAUCUAAAUUACUACGGGAAACCGAUAGAGGUAAGAUGAAAAGCACGAGAGCACUGAAAUGGACACAUUAUUUUGUGAAAUAUGCAGCCACUGAGAACAGGUUUUUUCUUGCCUGUGAUGCGAUAAUAACUAAUUUCCCAGAUGCUCCAAUGGGAAAAGUUCCAUACUUGGUGGUUGACGAAGGCAAACUCAAACUGGGCCAAACGCUAGCCAUCUGCAGAUAUCUUGCCAAAUCACUACAACCCACCAGUUACUUCGCUGGUGCAACAAAAUCGGAAUCGGCCAAGUGUGACAUGUAUGCUGAAUCAUUUAUGGAUCUCUUCACCAUUGCAGUUGAGCGACAAUAUGAGCCAGAUGAAGCGAUGAAGGAGAAAAAAGAUGCUAUUUUUGAAAAGCAGUAUCCCGAGCGCCUGAGAAUGCUGGAGGAUCUGUUGAAGGAGAAUGGUGGAGAAAAUUUCGUCGGAAGAAAGAUAUUAUGGUGCGACCUUGUGGCGUUGUGCGUGCUAUCAAUGAUGGAGGAGCUGAAACCUGAUGUUCUACAAGAUUUUCCGGACCUCCAGACAUACUACGCAAACAUGCGUAAUCUUCCUGAAAUCAAAGAAUAUAUCGAAAAUGCGUGGCCACCAGCUGCUUCAACCGCAGCGGAAUAG